CAGCUCAAGAUACAACUGUAUGCAAACCAGCGGCAGACAUCAUGAAACCUGUUCGUCCAAAUCUCUCAAGUCCAUUAGAGUUGAAGCCUACUCUUCCAAACCAGCGAGUGAUGCACGCUGCAAACGGUGUGUGCGUGUAGUGUGAGAGAGAGUCAUCGGUUUGUGUGUGCGUGUGUGUGUGUGUGUGCUUGUGUGUGUGUGUCUGGAGAGAGAGAGAGAGACAUAGACCGAGCCCCUAACACGGAGCAUGCCUCUGCGUCCGGCAGCCGGCAAACAUGAGCCACCCAGCCCUCCACGGCAGGACCAGCAGCAGCAGCAACAGCACACACACACACACUCACACACACUCACACACCCUUACACACACACAGCAAACGGCAGCCAGGGGGCCAGCACUGACAGCGGCAGCUCCCGGGAAGAGGACAGCGGCGUUCCCAUUCCUGUCGGUGUUCCGGCUUUCCGUCCCGGUGCAGAGCGGAGCCACAGUGCAAGAGCACCCAUGGAGGAGCCGACAGGCAACACCGUGGUCAUCCGCAUUGGAAUCCCAGACCUACAACAGACGAAAUGUAUGAAAUUCAAUGUGGAUGCUCCUAUCUGGCUGUCCAAACAGCGGAUCCUGUGCAAUCUCAACCAGAGCCUAAAGGAUGUACUCAACUAUGGCCUAUUCCAGCCGGCCUACAACGGCAAGGCUGGCAAGUUUCUGGAUGAGGAGAGACAGCUAAGGGAAUACCCCUUCCCAUCCAUCGCUCCUGUACCUUACCUGGAGUUCCGCUAUAAAAGACGCGUCUACACCCAGACUUACCUGGAUGAAAAGCAGCUGUCGAAGCUCCACACCAAGGCAAACCUGAAGAAGUUUAUGGAGUAUGUGCAGCAGAGGAACACUGAAAAGGUCUCAAGGUUCCUGGAAAAAGGCCUGGACCCCAACUUUCAUGACCCGGACACAGGAGAAUGUCCUCUAACGCUGGCAGCACAGCUGGAAGGAUGUGCAGAGCUCAUCAAGGUGCUGAAGAGUGGAGGAGCGCAUCUGGACUUCAGAACAAAAGAUGGCAUUACUGCCCUACACAAGGCUGUGCGCAGCAAGAACCACACAGCGCUUAUAACACUGUUGGACUUGGGUGCAUCACCUGACUACAAAGACAGUAGGGGGUUGACUCCUCUGUACCACAGCUCGAUGGUAGGAGGAGACCCUUACUGCUGUGAGCUGCUGCUGCAUGAUCAUGCACAGGUUGGCUGUGUGGAUGAGAAUGGCUGGCAGGAGAUACACCAGGCAUGUCGCUAUGGCCAUGUGCAGCACUUGGAACACCUGCUGUUCUAUGGAGCUGAAAUGAGCGCCCAGAAUGCAUCUGGAAACACCGCCCUGCAUGUGUGUGCUCUCUACAACCAGGAUAGCUGUGCUCGAGUUCUGCUGUUCCGGGGGGCAAAUAAAGAGAUAAAGAACUACAACAGCCAGACCGCCUUUCAGGUGGCUAUCAUAGCAGGAAAUUUUGAUCUGGCUGAAAUCAUAAAGGUCCACAAAGCAUCAGAUGUUGUGCCUUUCAGGGAGACCCCCUCCUACACAAACCGUCGACGUGUGACGCCUGGCACUCUGCCCUCGCCACGGUCCUUGCUCCGCUCUGCGAGUGACAACAACCUGAACGGCGACCACGAUCACAUCCACGUUCAGGUCCCCAGAGAAAUUCGUGGCCGUCAGGGUCACUCCCCUGUCCCCUCCCUGCGCAGUCUGCCAGCUCUCGGGCAGCAGCAUAGCAGCCUCGGAGAGAGUCGUCAUGGAGAGAUCCCUGACAGCAGUCUCCAGAGUACAGGCAGCUCCAGAUCCUCCCAUUCCAGAUCGCCUUCGCUACAUCACAUGCAUGAAGACGACAAGCCAGUUCCCAGAAGGUCCCACAGCCAUGGCUAUCCUCAUGGACACGGCCAUCGUGGAAGACUCAGCCCUGGCUCAGUGCAACGAGACCCAAGCCCCCCUCAUCACACGCCUCCAGCACUGACGGGCCCCCGCGGGCCCAAACGGAAACUCUACAGUGCUGUCCCGGGACGUACCUUCAUCGUGGUCAAGCCCUACACGCCACAGGGGGAAGGAGAGAUCCAGCUUAACCGUGGAGAGAGAGUCAAAGUGCUGAGUAUAGGGGAAGGAGGUUUCUGGGAAGGCACAGUCAAAGGGAGGACAGGCUGGUUCCCAGCAGACUAUGUGGAAGAAGUUCAGAUGAGGCAGUAUGAUCCACGGCUAGAGACUCGGGAGGACCGCACUAAGAGACUGUUCAGACACUAUACUGUUGGAUCCUACGACAACUUCACCUCAUACAGUGACUAUAUCAUAGAGGAGAAGAAUGCUGUUUUACAGAAGAAAGAAAAUGAGGGGUUUGGCUUUGUCCUGCGGGGAGCCAAAGCUGAGACACCCAUUGAGGAGUUCACCCCCACGCCGGCGUUCCCUGCCCUUCAGUAUCUGGAGUCUGUGGAUGUGGAGGGAGUGGCCUGGAGGGCUGGUCUGAGGACAGGAGACUUCCUCAUUGAGGUUAAUGGGGUGAACGUAGUGAAGGUUGGCCAUAAGCAGGUGGUGUCCUUGAUCCGGCAAGGGGGCAACAGGCUGCUGAUGAAGGUGGUGUCUGUCACACGCAAACCUGAGUCUGAGGAAGUCGUUCGCAAGAAAGCUCCCCCUCCACCCAAGAGAGCUCCCAGCACCACCCUGACACUGCGCUCUAAGUCCAUGACCGCUGAGCUGGAGGAACUGGCUUCUGCUCGGAGGAGAAGAGGAGAGAGACUAGAUGAGAUGUUGGCGUCCCAGGAGUCUAUGUUGCGUUCUCAGCCCCCCGAGGCAGAUUACAGAGCAGCUACUGUCAAACAAAGGCCUACCAGCAGGAGAAUAACACCAGCAGAGAUCAGUUCACUGUUUGAGAGACAAGGGAUGACUCUACAUGGAGGUCUUCACCCAGGCAUUGAGAGAGGUCACAUACCACUACCAAAGGGGAUGUCCAGGACCAAGUCUUUUGGUGCCACUGAGGAGGAUCGGCUGUCUGCCCUUGCAGGCGAGAACAGAUUUCCACGCAGUUCCUCUAUGACAGACAGCCUCCGAGACCACUCACAGCCCCAUCCCAUCCCUCCACCUCCACAAACAGCACCUCCCCCUCCUCCCUACUACCUAGACACUGGUCCUCCCCCAGCCUUCUGUCCCCCUCCUCCCCCAUCUAGGACCCAGAGUCAGGGCCAUGAGCCUGGAGGACGCUCCAGCUUCAAGCCCUCCUCUUUGGACCUGCCUUACGAGGCCGCUCAGCGGCAGGCCACACACAUAGAGAGACAGAAAAAAGCCCGCUCCAUGAUCAUCCUCCAGGACUCUUCCCAUCUACCUGUAGAACCUACGGAAAUUCCCCGUCCUUCUGCUGCUACUCCACCUGAGCGAAUCAAAAGGAAGGGUCGGGUUAUUGACAACCCUUAUGCUAAUGUGGGUCAAUUUAGCAUUGGACUGUACACACCCACCAAGCCUCAGAGGAAGAAAAGUCCUUUGGUGAAACAACUACAGGUUGAAGAUGCACAAGAAAAAGCUAGUAUAGCCUUAGCUGCUGCCCACUCCCGAGAGAGCUCACCCUCAGGACGACACCCACAUCCCCAUGGACACACACACACCAGCCGUGCAGACUACUACCAGCAGCAGCUGAUGGCUGAGCGAGAACGUUUGCGUGCCCAGGGAGAGAUGAUGUUUCAGGGUAAGGGCCCCUUUGCCGCUGCAAUAGCUGGAGCAGUGAAAGAUCGAGAGCGUCGCCUUGAAGAACGGAGGAAAUCCACUGUCUUCCUUUCUGUUGGGACCAUGGAGGGGGCGUCUACCACCAGCUCUGACUCCCCCUCUCUGACUCAGUCUCACUCCAUCGAUGAACGCAUGCUCACCCGAGAGCUGGGACAGCUGCCGCCCCCUGCCUUGGCCCUGAGCCCCUCACCCAGUGGGACCACCUUUAUCCAUCCACUUACAGGAAAGCCCCUGGACCCAAACUCUCCACUGGCUCUUGCGCUGGCCGCAAGGGAGAGAGCACUGACCUCUCAGAGCCAGUCCCCAACUGGCAGCCCAGAGCCUAGGACUAAACAGGAGCGGGCAGGCCAGGGCGGUAUAUUCAUUGACCCUCAGACCAAAGAGUCUCCACAUGGGGAAGGGGCUUCCUCAACUCCCCCUUUUUCACCUAAAAGCGCCAAGGCAGUGGGGUACGGAGUUGGAUCCUCCCCAGCAUCUAUUUUAGUUCCCCAGCCCACCAAACCGCAAUGGGCCACGUCGCCAUCACCUGUAUCAUUCCGGCAGGAGAUGGAGGCCAGAGUAGAGGAGCGGAAGGAGGAGAAGAGACUAGAAGAUAAAAAAAGUAUGUUGAUCAGUAUUAUGGAUACGUCGCAGCAGAAAACAGCAGGACUUAUCAUGGUCCAUGCUACCAGUAACGGCCAGGCUGUCGGGAUGGGUUCAGAAGUAGAACAGACACCUGCCCCAACGUCCACGGAGCCCAGCAAAUCUCUAAGUCCACGGGCUAAAUCCCCCAGUCCCACAGUCACGCAGCCCCAAGCCCAGCUCCAGGCCCAGCCUCAAACUCAGCGUCCAGCCAGUCCAGCCCAAGAGAAGAGUCUGGCUCAGGGAAGCUCUGAGGAGGAUGUGGAUCCGUACACAGUGACCCUGCCCCCUGCGAUGUUGUCCUCCAGUGAUGAGGAGACUAGAGAGGAGCUACGUAAGAUUGGAGUUGUUCCACCACCAGAUGAAUUUGCUAAUGGGCUGAUGGCACAGGCACAGGGGACGCCUGUGUCGCCAACUAAACCUGCCUCCUCUCCCGCCACCCCUACAACACCCAUACCCCAGACUCCUUCAACCCCAACAACCCCAACCGUGACCCCCACCCAGCCUCAGCCUCCCCAGCCGGCACCUCCACCCAGUGCAGCAGCUGUCUCAGGGAAGCCAUCUGACCCUCUGGAGCCCCCACCGGUGGGCGAGUCUGGCUCUGCGGCUGACUCAGGCGUGGAGGAGGCUGACACGCGCAGCUCCAGUGACAGAGAGCGAGACCACCAUCUCGAGACCACCAGCACCGUCUCCACGGUUUCCAGCAUGUCCACAUUGUCCUCAGAAAGCGGCGAGCCUGCCGACACACACACCACGCACACCUCCUAUGCCGACGGGCAGACUUUUGUGCUCGACAAGCCGCCAGUGCCUCCUAAGCCCCGACUCAAGUCCCAGAUAGGAGGCAGUAAAGGCCCAGUCACCUUCAGGGACCCUCUGCUGAAGCAGAGCUCUGACAGCGAGCUGCUAUCACAACAGCAGGCUGCUGCCCUGGCUGUUGCUGCAGCUGGAGGAGCUGGGCUGCCCUCAGGUGGUUCAGCCUCAGUGACUGGACUAGCCCCCACCAAGCCACGCUACCUCUUCCAGCGGAGGUCCAAGCUGUGGGGGGACCCAGUGGAGCCUCGUGGGCCGGGGGUGGGGCUAGGUAUUGGGAGUUUGGGCAAUCUUGGUGGGCUGGGACUUGGACUGGGUGUAGAUGAGGGAGCAAAACCAUCUGUUAUGGGGGAGCUCAGUUCACGACUACAGCAGCUAAAUAAAGACACUAGGUCACUAGGAGAGGAACCACUGGGAGCAUCACUUGACCCGGGGAGGAAGUCACCUGUGGCUGGUGCCAGACUUUUCAGCAGCUUAGGCGAGCUCCACACCAUUUCUCAGAGAAGUUAUGGCACCACAUACACCAUCCGCCCUGGCAGCCGUUACCCCGUCACCCGACGUACCCCUAGCCCAGGUUCAGGCUCACCUGAUCGGGGCGACCCUCUUGGACGAUUCUCAGGCUUCGGCCUACCGACCUCACCGACAACACCGCCACAAACCAUCCUCAAAUCCUCUAGCCUCAGCCUACCCCAGGAGCCGAAAGAGGUCCGCUUUGUAAUGAGGAGCUCCAGCGCCCGUUCCCGUUCUCGCUCCCCAUCCCCAUCGCCUUCCCAUUCCCCCGGGCUGGGGUCACCACUUUUAGCCCUGCGGCCCUUCCACCAGAAACCCCUCCACCUCUGGAAUAAGUACGACGUCGGUGACUGGCUGGAGAGCAUCAAUCUGGGGGAGCACAGAGCAGGGUUUCAGGAACAUGAGAUCGAAGGCUCUCACCUCCCAGCUCUAACCAAGGAUGACUUUGCAGAGCUGGGAGUGACGCGAGUCGGACACCGCAUGAACAUUGAACGAGCACUAAAAAUGCUGCUAGAGAGCUGACCCCUGCCCUGAGACACAGCAACAGAUGGGGAGAAAGAAGAAGAUAGAACGGGCAAGAGUUGACGAAAGAGAAAAGAUAGGGGCCGCUCCUCUUUUACUCUGGCUGCUUUUAUGUUCUGCAUCACAAAUGUUUACCUGUGUACCUUCGCAACACUUUCUGUUCUGCAUUAAUACCCUGCACUUGGCACUGCACUGAAGAGGAGGAUCCAAUACAUUCGUCCCCCUCUACUCGGCCCUUAGCCUCUGCCCACCUCCUUGCCUGCAGCCGAUUAGAUCAGACCUCAAAAUGGGCUCUGGUCUUUCUUUGCCGAGGAAAAUCGCAUGAGCUCCAAUUAAAACAUUUGAUUUGUGAAAGCUUCAGUUCCCUUAGUAACACUCACACUUUCCCUCUCACAUGUCCCUCCUCUCCUCUCUACCUCUAUCCCUCCAUCUAUUAGGCCUCUGAAAGCCUUUUUGCAGUUUGAGUAAAGGAGGAGGAGAAGGAAUUUUUGUUCCAAAUCGAAAGCUCAGUUGCCUUUCAAAAUAUUUAUACAGAGAUCAACAACGAUGAACACAGGACUACGGACAUCCUGCUGACACAGCUCUGAAAAGGUGUGUCUUCUCUAAAUCUGCUGUUGUUUUUAAACCGAAGACUUUCGAGCCCAGAGGUGGAACUCCACCAAGUAAACCACGGGAGAAAACCCCUCCGCCUUUGGUACCCAGACUGUGCUAUCUAUUAUAUUUGGAGAAUGUUUAACCAACACUCGUGGCUUUUUUCAUAAUCAAGUUUUUUGGUUUUCCAAAGGGAAUAUUAUAUAUAGGUAUUAUAUAAUAUGAUAUAUAUG